AUGAACUUCAUGGACAUCAGCAAAAUCUUCUCCCUCUUGCAGCCUGACAAGGGGGAAGAGGACACAAACACAUGGGAGAAGCAGGCUCUGCGUGAAGCAGUACACAAAAAUGACUCCUAUACCUUGGACCAGCUUUUGCGCCAAGAGUGUUACAAACGUUUCAUCAACAGUAGGAGUGGCUGGGGUAUUCCUGGGACACCCCUGCGCUUGGCUGCUGCUUAUGGCCACCUUAGUUGUUUGCAGGUACUCCUGGCCCAUGGUGCUGACGUUGAUAGCUUGGACAUCAAGGCACAGACACCACUUUUUACCGCUGUCAGCCAUGGCCAUCUAGAUUGCGUACAUGAGCUUUUGGAAGCUGGUGCCUGUCCUAGUGGAAGUGUUUACAACAACUGCUCUCCCAUACUCACAGCCGCACGUGAUGGUGCUGUUGCCAUCUUGCAGGAACUCCUAGGCCAUGGUGCAGAUCCAAAUGUCAAGGUUAAACUACCAGUCUGGGUGUCAAACAUAACUUCAUUUUCUGGUCCCCUUUUUUUGGCUGCAGUCUAUGGGCACCUAGACUGUUUCCGCCUGCUUUUGCUCUAUGGGGCAGAUCCUGACUACAACUGUACCGACAAGUACCUAUUAGCUCGUGUCCCACAGCCACGUACCCUCCUUGAAAUCUGCCUCCACCAUAAUUGUGAUCCCGAGUACAUUCAACUGUUAAUUGAUUUUGGUGCUAACAUCUACCUUCCAUCUGUCCCCCUGGACCUGGGCUGGAAAAAUAAUAAAGGCACCGUAUUACUGCUACAGGCCCGAGCCACUCCACGAACACUACUAUCACAGGCCCGUUUAGUUAUCCGCAGAGCUUUGCGCCAGGCCAACAAGCCACAAGCCAUUGACCAGCUGGAUAUUCCUCCUGUGUUGAUUAGCUACCUCAAACACCAAUUGUAA